AUGGAAAUACUUUCAUCUAAACAACAGCACGCACUCAUAUACACGGACGCCUCUAUUGUGGAAAAUCGUGUCGGAAUGGCUAUCAUCCACGGGGACACACAUAUCCAAUGGAAACUAUCUAACAAGUGCUCUAUUUACACCGCUGAAGCACUAGCCAUCCUCAAAGCCAUUGAGUUUGCAACAAACAAAGUCGAAGCCAACCAGAUCAUUAUCCUCAGCGACUCCCUUUCUUCCCUCAUGAGUAUCCAGAACCACUGGAAACCUACUGACCUAGCUAGAAAAAUUCUUAAUGCACAUACCACCGCCUCCUUCGCCGGUAAACAAAUAUCUUACAUGUGGAUUCCCGGCCACUGCAACAUUGAAGGAAAUGAACUAGCUGACAAGGCUGCCAAACAAGCCCACCUUGCCAAUAACCCUCUCACGUCCCCGAUAGAGCCACCGUAG